AUGUCCACCUCUUCUCUCUCUUCGGAACUUUCAUCCGCAAGACGAUCAUAUACUCAACGUAAUCCAAUUUCAUUACUUGCGUAUGAAGAUGCGACAAAAUCAUUACCAGGUGGAGGAACAAGAUCAUCAAUAUUCAUUCAUCCUUUCCCACUCUUCAUUGAGAGGGGUGACGGAGUUGAUAUCAUCGAUUUAGAUGGGCAUAGCUAUAAGGAUUUCGUAUCGGAUUUCACCAGUGGUAUAUACGGAAAAACCGAUCCGAUUAUCAAAGAAGCUAUAAUAAAAGGAUUGGAUAAUGGAACACAAUUAGGUGGACAUACAACCACAGAAUCAAAACUUGCUUCUUCGAUAUGUUCAAGAUUUCCCUCUGUUGAUUUGGUCCGUUUCGCAAAUUCUGGAACGGAAGCGAAUAUUCUGGCUAUCUCAAUCGCUCUACAUCACACUAAAAGAAAAAAAGUAGUGGUUUUUAAAGGCGGAUAUCAUGGUAGUGUCUUGUCCCAUUUCGGUGAAGAAGAAAAAGAGAAAGAAGCAGAAGGAGCGAAUGGAGGUGAUUUGAAAGUACCUUAUGAAUACAUCGUAUGUCCAUAUAAUGAUAUAUCAGCUACUCGAUCAACUGUGAAUCGACAUGUAGGAGAAGUAGGUGCGAUCAUAGUUGAACCUAUGUUGGGUGCAGGAGGAUGUAUUCCUGGAACGAUCGAGUUCCUGAGAGGGUUAAGAGAAUUAUCAGAUGAGACAGGAUCGAUAUUGAUAUUUGAUGAAGUUCAAACUGCUAGAUUGUCAACCGGUGGUAGACAAAAGAUAUUAAACAUAAUACCUGAUAUGACUACACUUGGGAAAUUCUUUGGAGGCGGUUUCGCUUUUGGUGCUUUUGGAGGUAAGAAGGAUAUCAUGUCUUUAUUUGACGCACGUUCACCUUCAAGUAUCGCACACGGAGGGACAUUCAACAAUUCGCCUCUGACCAUGAUAGCUGGCUUAUCAGCCAUCGAAUCUAUUCUCACCGAAGAAAAUUUGAAUAAAUUGAACGACUUGGGUGAUGACAUGAGGAAUAGGUUGAAUGAUUCAUUCGCUAAAGAAGAAUUACCAUUCAAAAUGACAGGUCUAGGAUCAGUCAAUCAACUUCAUUGUUUACUCUCAUCAGAAACGAAGAAAGAAGGACUGGAAUUACUCUUCUUUUAUCUGUUAGAGCGAGGUUAUUGGAUAGCUCAAAGAGGUUUGAUCUCACUUAAUUUCGCAAUGACCGAAUUGGACGUCAUUGGUUUCGAGGAUAGUCUGAUCGAAAGUGCCAGAUCGGUCAAAGGAUUUUCAUGA